GGCCCGCAGAGAGGGUGGGGAGGACCGGGGACAGGGUCAGUGGGAGAUUUCUCACAGCCUGGGGGGCUUUGGACCUUCCGAGGAAGCGCAAGCAGCAGAAGCCGGAUCUUAUUUUGUCGAAAGAGAAGCCGAUGUAAACUCAGCUGCCUCCCAGCUCCGUUCUCAUUACACGCCUGCUGUUGUCCUGCCGCGCCUGCUUUCCCUCAGCUCGUCCCCUCCGUCUUCUCACAUCAGUGUUCAGAGAGAGUCCUGUUUGCACACCGCCGGUCAGUUUUCUCCUGUGUUGGUGUCUUCUGAUGGAUGAAUAUGUCCACUACUAAUAAUAUCGCCCAGGCCAGGAAACUGGUGGAGCAGCUGAGGAUCGAGGCAGGAAUUGAACGCAUUAAGGUGUCCAAAGCGGCGGCGGACCUGAUGAGUUACUGUGAGCAGCACGCUCGAAGCGACCCCCUGCUGGUUGGCGUACCCACCUCUGAAAACCCUUUCAAGGACAAGAAACCUUGUAUCAUCCUAUAGCUUCAUACGUGCAUUUUUAUUUUUUUGCCCUCACACACACACACACGCACGUACACACACACCCACACCCACACAUGCACACAACAGAUUCUCCUAUUCAUAUAGGCUCACACAUAAAAGUUGACUUUUGCUAUCAAAAUAGGUCCACACCCUUCCUCACACACAGUCGCUCCAAAUUUAGCCACUCUGAAACAGUGCCACAAUCCAGAACCACCACUAGGGGGCAGGUAUCUUGUUCUCACAGCUUCUGAGAUGAGUUAAGCAUAGAGUAUGGUCCAAAGUGCUUUGGUAUUAUUCCCAUAUGCUGGUGAAUUAACAACCACUUGACUCGAAACAGGAUUUCUGACAUUGAACAACUGGCAGGAAGCCCAUUUCUUUUCCGUCGCUGGUCAUGAAACGAGGUGUCGGCUAAAUGAUGGGCAGCUGCUGCACAGGGAGGCAGUGGGAAGAAGCAUGUGGGCAACACAAAUAAGUGGUGGGCGCCAGUCCGACCGUGCCAAACACGACCCAGUGUCGCAGCGAAAAGCUCAAUAAAUGCUUAAUCUUCUGCGGGAACCUUAAGAUGAAAAACAGAAUAAGACAAUAUGAGAGCUUUGUCUUUAACUAGAGUCUUUGCUUUGGUCAGACCAUAGCAUGUUCCCUCUUGUAUCCGUAUCAACAGACCUCUUCUCCACCUGCGGCCUCUCUGCGUCUGCCUCCAGCCUUUUUUGGCCAAGCCUCCAGCUGUGCCAACCUGUACAAAAAAAAAACACACAAAAAAAAAUCCCGUCUCCAGAUGCUGAUCCGCUGUCGCUGGUUCCGCUGCGGCUCGAGAUAGCUGCUGCCGUUGGUUGAGAGUCGAUGACUUAGCCGACCUCCGAUCUGGACCAAUCAGAGGAACUCAGCGGACAGCUCAACAAAGAACUCAAGCUAUUAACCGUGGACGUUUACUGAUUUUAUUUGUUUUGUUUUGGUUUGGGGUUUUUUCUCUUAAGAAAUACUUAAGAACUCAAUGUGCGUUUAGGUAUUUUGUUGAAGCAUUGCUUAACAUUUAAGACAAUACUGUACUUUUUUGUUCUUGUUUUACCUUAACGGAAAGGAGGCGUUACCAAUGGCCGACCUGGUUCGGAUCUUGGAUCUCACCUCAUAAGAUCUUAGAGUCUCUACUGUACAUUAAACCUUCGUGUGCUUUACUUUAAGUGGGAGCGAGGCCACAGACUGACCACUUUGGAGAAUCCAACUGCAACAACGAAGAAAGUUCAAACUUGAACUUUUUCUGUGUUUUCAGCUCACAUUUGCUGUUACACAUAAAGACACAUAUAGGAAGUAUUUUAGAAAGAUAGAGAUGUACGUUAUUGAACAAUCUGAUGCCUCCAGUGACUUCAAAUCCGGUCUGAACAGUCAUAUGAAUUCAUUUAACUUGAGUUCACCAGAAUCCAGAGAUCGGCUCUUGGAUUCCCCCUUUCUGUGUCCUCUGCUCCUCCACCGCACUCCUCCAAUCUAACAAAACCAAACUUGAUUGUAAAACCUGAAAACGAAGAGGGAAGAAAAUGGCAUUAAGAGAAACAAGCUAAGUGUAAAAACUUUCUUUUAGACGUGCAGAAGUGAUAAGUUGAAGAGUAGCUGUCUUAGCUUCUUAUUUUUUAUGUUACCUUCUUUCUAUGGAGUCCAUGAAAGCCGAUCAGUUGAGUAUUACUACCCUGUACAGUGUUUGUAAGAUACAGAAUCUAAACACAGAACUACCCCCGUCUGUGGAUGUUGGGAUUUUUAACACUGCUUCCCUUUUGUCUGUCAAAGAUCAUGUCCGUCUUCUCAGUUUUCUUUCAGUUUUCAAAGGCUUGCGUUAGCGGAGGUUGGUUUUAAGCCACAGCUAAAAACGCAGCAGUCAGGAUUUUAACAAAUAAAAACAAACAAAAAUGUUGCAUGGUUAAAGAUGGAGUCUGUUAGGGGGAUUAAUCAACAUCAGACCUCAUUGCAGUGGCCAAAAAAACCAGCCUCCUGAGCCUUCUUCUAAUAUCAACGCUGCCAUUUUUGGUUUGUCUUAAGUGGUACAUUUUUUGGGGCAACAAGCAACACAAAUGUCAUACAUCUAUAAUUUCAGAGAAGUGACACUAAACGGACUGAAACUGGACUUGAUGCAAAUUUGAGCAAAGCUGUUCAAAAUUAGAGGGGUUCGGUCUGCGCAGCAUUGUGAUUUUAGUCGAGAGUUGGACACAGUUACAGAGCACGAUUGUCUUAAUUGUUGCUCCUCUGUUGCGAUUCCCAUGUGACCCAGUUGUGCCGCUGACUUCUGGAGGUUAUGAGAGGCUCUCCUGGUCCAUGCUUCCUCAUGCGUGUCUUCUUGUAUUUACAUCAGUGUCGCACAGAUCAGCAUUUAAAAACAGACUACGCUGAAGGGAGUCAGAUUGCGUUGGAUUGUGUUUGCGUAUUUGCUCACACUGAACGCUAAAAUCACCAGUUAGCCUAAUUUUACAUCUUCUUGUAAAAGGCCUUGCUUCUUCUGCCUUUGGAUUUCAUUCAGAACAAAGAGAGCAGGCACUUUCAAAAGGAUAAGACUUCAGGUUGGGGGUAGUGUGCAUGUGUGUGUGGGUGGGGGAAGAAUGUGGUCUUGGUGGUAUUUAAUUUAGUGGAGAUGGAGUUGGGAAAAGACUUGUACUUGUUUGCAUUUGCAGGAAAAUUUGAAAGAAUAUUAGAGCAAGAUGCCUUUUGUUAUUAAAACCAUGUUCAUAAAAACAUGGCAGUGUUACAACCCUGUGGUCCUGCAGUUCUAGGUCAGGGAAAGUCAUGCAGCUUUAGCUAAUAUAUGUAAUAUUUUGUUACAUUCUCAAGGUUUCCAUAUAGAAAGACUUUUGACUCUUCAGUAACCUAAUUUAUUAUAGGUUCCAAUAGGGUUGCUAUUCAGUCAGAAGCAAAAUACACUGAGAAUAGUUUUGUAAAACAUGUACAAUUUGACAUAUCAUAAUCUUAUUCUCUGAAAAUAGAGAGAAUCCAAUUUUUAAAAAUUGAUCCAAAGUUUGCUACUUUGAACUGAUUCAAGCCGUCCUUUGUUCCUUUUCUGCUGCAGUCAUUCACAACUACACGGCCAAUCGAAACCAUCUGCUUGAAAAGGCCGAAAUUUUGCUUUACACUUCGCACCUGACAUGCUUAACCAAGUCAAGAGUGCAUAAGAGUUGUUGAAUCUGUUAGGUUGCCAUCUGGUGAUCUGAAAAUAGCAUUGCAGGGAGCAGUCAAUAAGCAGAAAUGGAGAGAGACACAACCCAAUUUUGUCUUUUUAUAACUGGCAACCCAAGCUGCCCUGCAUAGCAAUUGUUGUCAAAUCCCCCCUGGUUUCCCAGAUUAACUCCCAGACAAAUCAAACAGAAUUAGCGCGUUUGACAUCCACCUAUUUAUUAAGGUGUGCUUACUUCUCUCUCUCUCCAUCCUAAUAAAAUUAGGAUGGAAAAAAACUAUCGCAAGUUAAAAUUGUUGUGAAAUUCACAUACCUAAGCAUAUUCCACCGGACAAAUGAGCUUGUCUACAACAUAUUUGAAACAUUAUUUACCAGUGAAUGAAGUCAAAAGAAUAAACCCUAGAUUUUCAGAAAAUUUCUAUCAAAUAUCUUCAGUUUAAGGCUGCUGUCGACAGUUUGUUUAUUAGCUUAAGGAGUGGAAACUGCUGUAACAAGAGCCACCAUUCAGUAUUUCUGUUGCUCAUUAUUUAAAGAAAAUGUUUUAUUUUGCUUCAACGUUUCUGAUCAAGAAAGUGUAAAAGCUUUCGAAAGCUUGUGGGCUGCUUUUCCUAUUGCAAGUUUUUUGAUUUGUUUUUGGUUUAAAAGGCUUUUUGAAUCCUUUUUAAUAUGACAAGCAGAUGGGACAUAGCUGUAGUAAAAUAAAUAUAGUAUACUCAUAUUUGGACAGAAAAUAACUGAUUAUAAAAAUGUCCAAUUAUUAAUUAAAAUCAUUGAAAUAUUGCAGUGUUAAUGGUUAAAAGGAUGAUUACACUGUAUUGCUGGAUUAAACAAAUUGCAAUAUUUUUUUUAAAUAAACAGCUACAGCUUAAUACCAGAAAGUCGGUUCGAGAUGUGGUAAGAUAAAUAAAUAACAUCUCUAGAUUUUUUUAUUUUAACAAAUGGAUAUCGGGAAGGAGGAUAAAACUUGCAGGGGGUUUUAUUACAGAAUAACAUGAGCAUGCAUAUCAUACCACUAUACACACUGUUGCCCUAAAAAUGUCUGACAAAUUUUAUCUAUUUAUUUUUACAUUCUUUUUUAUAUUUUUAUCUUCAACCAUUCCAUCUCUUCCUGGGCUACAAUCAAAGACGGCCGGCCUGAAAUGCUGAUUUUGCCGACAGUUUGUCUGAUUGAUUAGUUGUUAGUUUGCCUUAUAGUGGCGUAUAUUGUGUUAAUGCUGGUUGUGGAGUUAUCAGAUCAACAGAAAGAACAGUCCUAAAGUGGAGCACGUGGCUCAUGGUGCCAAUUCACAGAGUGAGCUCAACAAAAAUUCAUUUUUGGCCCCAGUGAGUCUGAGGCUCUUUUGCUGGUGGGCUGUCAUAUCAAGCAUCACUCAGUUGGGUCUGAGUCCCAUCUUUGUGUUCUGAUCUCCUGUGUAUGCAUACAGUAUAUGUAUCCUUUUUGCCUUGAUUGAUUCUGGAAAAAAAAUAUAUAUAUUUUUUGUAACUGUUCUCUGAUGUGCCAUAACUCACGUUUUCUUGCGCACUGUUAAUAUUUUGUGGAUAUUGCUGUUAAAAAAAUAUUGAGAAGUAGAUAACAUUAAUAAAAAUAUGAUAUAACACAA